GCGCGACCCUCCACCCACCGAUCACACAAACCAGAGGGAGAUCAGAGUAGGCUCUUCCCCUGAACGGAACCCGCCACAGACCACACCACCACUCCACGGCACGGCGAAGCGGGGACGCCAAGGCAGGGAGGGGCCAGCGGAGGAGGAGGAAGAGGCAUUAGCGGAGGCGGCGGAGACGGAGACGGUGGGCAUGGGGGUGCUGCGGAGCACGCAGAGCAUGGAGGCCGAGGUGGAGGAGAUGCGCGCCGCACUGCUGCUCCACGGCACGGGCGCGUGGAGGUCGGGCGGCGGCGCGGCGAAGCGCGCGGCGCGGGCCGAGGAGGGCGCCGCGGAGGCGCGCACCGUGUGCGUCACCGGGGGCACGUCGUUCGUCGGGUUCGCCGUCGUCGACCGGCUCCUCCGCCACGGCUACAACGUCCGCCUCGCCCUCGAGACGCAAGAGGACCUUGACAAGCUGCGGGAGAUGGAGAUGUUUGGUGAGAAUGGCAGGGACGGGGUCUGGACCGUGAUGGCAAAUGUGAUGGACCCUGAAAGCUUGCACGAAGCUUUCCACGGCUGUGUUGGUGUCUUUCACACCUCAUCACUCGUGGAUCCAGGGGGCAUCUCCGGUUACACGAAACACAUGGCAAGUUUGGAAGCCAAAGCAGCAGAGCAGGUGGUUGAAGCAUGUGUGAGGACAGAGUCCGUGAGGAAGUGUGUUUUCACCUCGUCGCUGUUGGCAUGUGUGUGGAGGCAAAACUAUGCUCAUGACCGCCGAUUCCCAACCACCAUUGAUGAGAACAGCUGGAGCGAUGAGAGCUUCUGUCGCGACAAUAAGCUGUGGUUUGCACUCGGCAAGACAAUGGCGGAAAAGGCGGCCUGGAGGGCGGCACGGGGAACAGACCUGAAGCUUGUGACCAUAUGCCCUGCACUUGUAACCGGGCCAGGAUUUCGGAGGCGGAACCCUACCCCAUCCAUUGCCUACCUCAAAGGAGCGCACGCCAUGCUUGGCGACGGCCUGCUGGCGACGGCGGACGUGGAGAGGGUAGCGGAGGCGCACGUCCGCGUGUACGAGGCGAUGAACAGCACGGCCGGCGGGCGGUACAUAUGCUACGACCACGUCGUCCGACGAGCCGAGGAGUUCGCUGAGUUGCAGCGGCAGCUGGGGCUCCCAGCCGGCAGAGUGCCCGUGCCCGCGCCCGCCGACCGGGUGGCGCGGUUGGAGCUCUGCAACCGGAAGCUGGCGGCGCUGAUGUCCGCGCGGAGGAGGUGCACCUACGACGCUUACUUCCCCGUGUUGUACGAGUGAAAAAAGAUGAGACAAGGUGUCUCAUGGUGGAAGAAGAGAAUCGAUGCUCCUGUGAUGGUCCUGUACAUAGUUGUGACGCAGUAAUAAAGCUAGCUAGGUAGCAGUAGAAUUUUGUACAGUCUGACCACCGAAAUACGGCCG